AUGGGGCUCCAAGAGAGAUGGUCUCUGCUGCUGAUGCCGCCGUUGCUGCUGGUCCAGUGUGGAGCAGGUCUGGAGAGCAUUGGCUAUGCCCCCCAGCUCUCCAGCGCCGCCCUGUUGGGAAAGCUCACACAGUCCACCUUCACGCUGGAGCAGCCCCUGGGCCAGUUUGAGAAUGUCAGCCUUUCUGACCCAGACCCCAUCUGGCUGGUGGUGGCUCAUAGCAAUGCCACCCAGUACUUUGCUGCCCCGCAGAAGGUAGAGGACAUACAUGCCCCUGCCAGCUUUGACCACAACGGCUACUACCUCACACUAAGGACCAGCCGGGUACACUACCAGGGCGGCCAGUCUGGCAACCAGCUCCGAAUCCUCCGUGUUGGCAAUGAUACCAAGUGUUCCUUGAAGUCCCUGGGCUGUAACUCUCCUCUGCCAGGUGCUGGCCCCUACAGAGUGAAGUUCCUGGCAAUGAGCGCCAAGGGUCCUGUGGCUGAGACGGAGUGGUCUGAGGAAAUCUACCUGCAGCAAGCCCAGACAUUCCCAGGAGCCCCAGGGUCCCGAAGCAAGAGUACUGUGAUCAUCAUCGUCUUCUCUUCAAUCUUGCUGGCGGUCUUCCUCGCCCUGCUCAUAUCCGCUAGCUGCUGGAACACUCCUGUAUCCAGCCCGGAGCAGCAAGUUCGCAUGAGACAAUAUCACACCCACCACAUGGACAACCUUCGGGCCGAGCAGAAUUCCUGA